UCUGGACGUUGUUUAGAAUAAUGUCUCCCUUUAGAAGUCUGUUGUUUGUGCUAUAGCAGAGCUUGAACUUUUCUUAGGUUGCUUAAAGGGGUUAUCUCUCGUUCCAUGGGGAGAAUAGAUGGGUUGUCUUUUACCAUUUUCAGUCUCCACCUGCAUUUGAUUAGACAGCAGCAGUUUCACAUACCCCACGCCAGAAUACCAUGAUGACAUAGCAGCUUCAGACAACAGCGUGACUAGGAUUUUUUUCCCUAAACCCUUGAAUCACAGAGGAUCUGGCAGCCAGUUACCAUCUGACACUGUUUAUAGCAUAUAUUGUUCGAUCCACUCCCUUACUGAAUCUGCUGUGGGAAUUACCGAAGCAGCUUCUAGUGAGAAAGAAACAAUCCUGACUCCAAAGAUGUAUCUGAGUUCUCUUCCUUUCUUCUUUCUCUUGAUCAGCAGCAUCUUCUGUCAAUAUGACUAUGAUUUUGACCCAGAUUUUGGUUUUCAUUUUCCAAUGUUUGAGCUAUCAUCUGCAGUCUGUGCACCAGAAUGUAAUUGCCCUAUAACCUAUCCUACAGCCAUGUAUUGUGACGAUCUUAAACUGAAGAAUUUACCCAUUAUUCCUUCCGGAAUCAAAUACCUGUAUCUCCGCAAUAAUCUGCUUGAAGGCAUAGAAGAUAAUGCUUUUGAGAAUGUGACCGAUCUGGAGUGGCUAAUCCUAGAUAAUAACCAACUGAAAAAUUCAAAUAUUAAAGGCAAAGUCUUUUCCAAAUUAAAGAAUUUAAAAAAGCUGCACAUAAAUCACAACAACUUAACUGAAGUUGUUGGGCCACUUCCUAAUACUCUGGAUGACCUGCAACUCACUCACAAUAAGAUUUCAAAAAUCAACCCUAAUACACUUGAGGGACUAGUGAAUCUGACUGUCAUUCACCUACAGCACAAUGACCUGUCUGAAGAUACACUUUCUGGAGUUUUUAAAGGCUUAAAAUCACUCUUGUAUCUUGACUUGAGCUUUAAUAAACUGACUAAACUGCCUUCAGGACUGCCUCAUAACUUACUGAUGCUGUAUUUCGAUAAUAAUCAGAUUAACAAGGUUCCUAAUGAGUAUUUCCAGGGUUUAAAAGCACUGCAGUAUUUACGUCUCUCCCACAAUAAGCUGACAGAUUCUGGAAUACCAAGCAAUGUUUUCAAUAUCUCUACACUUGUGGAGCUGGAUCUCUCCUAUAAUGAGCUAAAGAGCAUUCCGACAGUCAAUGAGCACCUUGAAAACUACUACCUCCAAGUCAACCAAAUUAACAAAUUUCCAGUGAACAGCUUUUGUAAGGUUGUCGGGAUACUAACCUAUUCCAGGGUCAGACAUCUGCGUCUGGAUGGAAAUAAUCUCACAAGAGCUGAUCUUCCACAAGAAAUGUACAACUGUCUCCGAGUGGCUACUGAAAUUUCUCUGGAAUGAGUUGUACAACCCUUUAUUCAGAGUCUUUUGAUCAUCAUGCUUGCACCAUAGUAACGCUUUAGAACUAAAAUGUCAUCUGGCAUAAGAUCUUUUGUGUUUGUUAAUAAACAGCAUGACUGUGUGGCUAUUUUUAAUGUGUAUAUUCUAGAAUGCCUGUGAUGCAGAAUUUUUUUGUAAAGCUAGGAAGUCCCAUAGAUUGUGGACAAAAAUUGUUCUCAUGUUUAUUUCUUAGACUGUUUUAUUAACAUAGCUAAAUACAGCCUGAGUUUGAAAAGGUUUUUAAAAAGCACUGGUGUAUACUCACAAUAAACACAUACCACACUCCUUGUGGGUAUGAACUUCUACUCAGGUUUGCAAAAGUCAGGCAUAUUCUAAUCAAGAUAGAAUAUUUAGUAUUUAGGGCUGGACCAGAUCUGUACAGUAGUUCACAUAUUGAAAUAAAAUCUCUCCUGCUUUAUACCUUUGAUUCACUUCUAUGAUACAGAAACAGUAAUUCAGUAUAGCUAUAUAAGCUCUUUACAUAUAAAGUAAAAUAAAAUUUAAAAUUCCAAUCAGCAUAUUUUAUGUGAAGAAUUGAGAAAACAGCAACAUUUUCAGGUUUUUAUUUUGUUCAUGCAUUUUACUUGGUUCAGUGACAAUGUUCUAGUGAGGUCAAUUAAAAGUUUUAAAGGAAUGGUUAUUUUACAGUAAAACUUAAAAAUCAUUUGUUAUUCUCUUAUUUCUGCAUGCUAUAUUAAAUGACUUUAGAAAAUAAAAACAGCAAAUUAAAAAUA